ACAGAAAGUUGUACAUGUUUUUUGAAGGGAAAAUAUUUCAAGGAAAAUUAACAUGCAUAAUUUUCUACGUUCGCUCCAGUCAACUAGACUUCUGCAACUUAGCUCCAUAGCUAUUAUCAGAUCAAAAAUAUUGUCUUCAAACCAUAGAUACUGCUCAAUUACCAUAAAUGGCUCAGUUGGCAGCAAGGAUGAUGAGGAUGCCUACGUUUCCAUGCUACGAAAGUGCAUUGAUGCCUCAAAUUUGAGAAAUGCAAAGGCAAUCCAUGCAAAAAUCUUCAAAGGGGAUAUUUGUGGUUCCUCAUGGCUCUUUCUGGGCAACCAUCUGAUCAAUGCGUAUGCAAAAUGUGGUGAAACUUGUGAUGCUCUUCAACUGUUUGAUGAAAUGCCCCAGAAGAAUGUGGUUUCUUGGACAGCCCUCAUUGCAGGCUUUGAGCAAAAGGGUUUGUCUGCGGAGUCUUUUUCUCUGUUUAAGCAAAUGGGUGCGAGUGGAAUGAGGGCGAAUGAGUUUACCUUGGUCAGUGCUCUCCAUGCCUGCAGUGCUGCGGAUUUUCUGGGUGUAGUACAUGUUUAUCAAGUUUAUGGUUUGAUAAUCAGGCUUGGAUUCGAGUCUAAUGUUCACUUACUGAAUGCUUUUUUGGUGGCAUUGAUGAGGCAUCGCAGAUUGAGUGAAGCUUUCGAGGUGUUUGAGGAGAGUCAUCAUAGGGACAUUGUCAGUUGGAAUACUAUAAUAGGUGGUUACUUGCGGCUUUCUUGCAGGGAAAUUCCAGGCUUUUGGGUUAGAAUGAUUUCAGAAGGCAUAGUUCCGGAUGGAUUUACCUUUGCCAGUGUACUAACAGGGUUGGCUGAGCUUUUGGAUUUUGAAAUGGGAGUUCAAGUACAUGGGAAGCUUGUGAAGUCUGGUCAUGGAAGUGAGAUGUGUGUUGGGAAUGCCUUGGUUGAUAUGUACCUAAAAAAUCGGAAAUUGGUUGAGGGCUUUAAAGCAUUUGAGGAGAUUCCUUUACUUGAUGUGUCCUCUUGGACUCAGAUGGCUAUAGGUUGUUUAAACUGUGGGGAGCCUAAUGUGGCACUUAAGGUCAUCGGAGAAAUGAGGAGGAAGGGUGUCAAGCCAAAUAAGUUUACUCUUGCAACAGCAUUCAAUGUGUGCGCCAAUUUAACGUCUUUGGAGGAGGGUGAAAAAAUUCAUGGCCUGAGGAUUAAACUUGGGCAUGACGUGGAUGUAUGUGUAGAAAAUGCUUUACUUGAUAUGUAUGCAAAAUGUGGAUGCAUGAGUAGUGCACUUAAGGUUUUCCAAUCAAUGGAUGAAUGGUCAGUUGUCUCAUGGACAACUAUGGUUAUGGGGUUUGCACAGAAUGGCUGUGCUAAAGAAGCUCUUGAAAUUUUUGACGAGAUGAGGCUGAAAAGAGUGGAGCCUAACUGCAUUACUUUUAUAUGUGCACUUUAUGCAUGUAGCCAAGGAGGAUUUGUUAACGAGGGAUGGAGUUAUUUCUCUUCAAUGAGCUCUCAGUAUGGUAUUGACCCUGGAGAAGAUCACUAUGCCUGUAUGGUAAGCCUUCUUGGCCGAUCAGGGUGUAUUAAAGAAGCUGAAGAGUUGAUCCAUGGCAUGCCGUUCAAACCAAGUCUGCUGAUUUGGCAAACAUUGCUUGGUGCUUGUCGGCUUCAUGGGGAUAAUGAAACUGCAAAACGUGCAGCAGAACAUGCAUUGCAUCUUGAUAAAACUGAUCCUUCAGCUUAUGUACUGUUAUCUAAUACAUUUGCCAGUUCAAAUAACUGGGACAGUGUUGGAAUAUUGAGAGAAGUAAUGGAAAAUCAGGAUGUGAAGAAAAUGCCUGGGUCCAGUUGGAUUGAACUAGACAGAAAUGAGUCAGUAACUAAAAGUCAUAGGGUAUCAAUAUGAGAAGAAAUUGGGAGAAAAGAACAUAUAGCAGCAGAAUGAGAUUUCUGUCCAUCAUCAGCAUCAGAAUGAAAGUUCUACUCUUCAUCUAUUUGAAGAAUUAAGAGAUCAGAGGUUUAUUAGGACACUUUCUAUAUGGUAUUACCAUAUCGAAGGAUAAGUGGCAGCAAUAGCCUUUUUUCCCAGGUAUGGAUGGAGCAGUGGGAGAUGAAGAGCUUUCGCAAUGAAAUCAAUCACAAGACGGCCAUUGGAGAAUCGACCUGUGGGCUUAUGGAAGUAUGUCAUACCAUAAGGCAAACUGGAAAUGUUGAAAACAGAAGUUACACCAACCUGACGAAUCCGGUUACCUGUAUCUGCAAGUGAAUCACCAAACUGGUAAAUGUAAUCAAAGCGACAUGCGGUUUCUUCGGCAGCAAAAGCCAUACAAAACAGGGAUAAAGCUACGAGAAAUGAGAAAUUUGUUGAUGAGGACAUGGUUGGUAGCAUGUUUCUGCAGGAAUUUUUUCGCUUAGUCCAUCAGUGAUGAUGGAUGUAUGUAGAUGUAUGAAGCACAAAGCACGCAAGGAAUUUAUAAUUGGGAGACUUGACAUUAACCACACGUUCCAUAAAAUAUCUUUGUUCC